AUGGCGCGCAACAACUACAACAGCAUGGACGAGACAAUGCCGCUGAAGGGCCCGCGACCCGCCAUGGAGCGAAAGGCUUCGCGCCGUAUUCCGUUGACCGACGGCGCCAAGCGGGCCCAGCGGAAACUGCAACUAGCCUGCGUCUGCUCGCUGCUCUUCAUGUGCGCCGAGGUCGUGGGUGGCUUCCUGGCCGGCAGUCUGGCCAUCAUGACGGACGCUGCACAUUUGCUGUCGGACGUGGCUGGCUUCUGCAUCUCGCUGUUUGCUAUCUGGGUCAGCACCCUGCCGGCCUCGAGCCGCCUAAGCUUCGGCUUCCAGCGCGCUGAGGUGAUUGGCGCCGUCACGAGUGUGCUGGUCAUCUGGGUGCUCACGGGAGUAUUGGUCUACGCCGCUGUGGAGCGCUUUAUGGAAUGUCUGGAGCCUAACCCGAAGGAGCACGUGAACGGCAAGCUCAUGUUCAUUGUGGCCUGCAUCGGGCUGUUCGUGAACCUGAUUCUGAUGCAGAUCCUUGGCCAUGGACACAGCCACGGAGGAGGUGGUGGCCAUGGCCACUCACACGGAGGAAGCAGCGGCGGCCAUUCUCAUGAAGACAGUUCCAGUAGCGAAGAGGAAGGACAUGGACACUCGCACGGCCAUGGCCACUCCCACGGAGACCACGGCCACUCCCACGGUGGACAUGGAGACCUUGAGAACGGUCUGGGUGAAGCUCCCAAGUCCAAGAAAAAGCUUGAGAACUUGAACAUUGAGGCUGCCUACAUUCACGCACUUGGCGACUUCAUCCAGAGUGUCGGUGUGUGUAUCGCCGGUGGCCUCAUCUGGUACAAGCCCGAGUGGCAGAUUGCCGACCCCAUCGCCACAUUCAUUUUCUCGAUCCUUGUAUUGGGUACAACGAUCGGUAUUGUUCGUGACAGUAUCCAUGUGCUUAUGGAAGGCACACCGGACGGCAUCCACGCCGACGACAUCGAACGUGGUCUGCGUCGCUGCUCGUCCGUGGUGGCUGUGCACGACUUGCACAUCUGGUCGCUCAGUGCUGGUCUGCCGUCAUUGAGUGUUCACCUGGUCUCGGACGAUGCGGAGACAGCUCUGCACGCAGCUCAACGCUUCCUCAUGUCUAAGGGUAUUACGCACACGACAAUUCAGAUUGAAAAGACGGCCACGCUGUACCCGCGCGACUGCAAGUCGGACCUUAAGUGCGGUCAGGACUCUCCGCAGAAUAGCGACUCAGCUUAG